AUGUCAGCCAAUCUGUACAGAUCGCCAUCGCAGGCCGCUGUAUACAAGUCACCAUCGAUGAGCGCCUUUGGCGCACCUUUUGGCAGCAUGUCUGUCGCCGAUCUCGGCUCACUUACUCGUCUCGAGAUCGAACGCGAACGCGCUGAUCUCAGCGUGCAACUGAUCGCCCUCACUGAUCGUCUUGAAGAUGCUGAGGGAACGACCGAUAGCCAGGUAUCACCAGAAAUCUACAUUCAUCAAUAUUUUUGCAGUUCUCUAUGGUUUAAUUCGAUAGCUAGCUAA